GUGCAACUUAGGGUUUGUGAUUUCACUUCAGUAUAAUGCUCCAUAGCAUGGCACUCCGAGUAGAAGUAGCCCAAGUGGGGUGGCUGAAAUUGUAUAUCCGGUUCCGGACUCUUCCCACUUUUAUAAAAUCCGGUUAAUCCACCCAUUUCAUUUCCGAUUCACAUCUCCGCUCCACCUCUCUCUCUCUCUCUCUCUCUCUUUGUGAGAGAGGUCAAAUAUUUUUCCCUUCUUUCCCUCCUUUUACUCUUUUGCUCUUUGCUUCUCGAUCUCCACUCCUCUCUUUUCUUGCCACACCUUUGAGCUCUCUCUUAUCUCUCUCUGUCCAAAACAAAAAGCAGGAAACGCACUUUUGGCUUUGCGUUUCAUUGCCUGGUGAAGUUCUUUUGCGGCCAUGGAUGGUGGUGCGUCGUAUAACCCUCGUACGGUCGAGGAGGUCUUUAGGGAUUUUAAGGGCCGUAGAGCUGGCAUGAUUAAAGCUCUCACUACUGAUGUUGAAGAGUUCUUCCAACAGUGUGAUCCUGAGAAGGAAAAUCUUUGCCUAUAUGGAUUUCCCAGUGAGCAGUGGGAGGUCAAUUUGCCCGCUGAAGAGGUCCCUCCAGAGCUGCCAGAGCCUGCUUUGGGUAUUAAUUUUGCCAGAGAUGGAAUGCAAGAAAAGGACUGGUUGUCUCUGGUUGCUGUUCACAGUGACGCAUGGUUACUUGCUGUGGCUUUUUAUUUUGGAGCUAGGUUUGGAUUUGACAAAGCUGAUAGGAAACGCCUUUUCAACAUGAUAAAUGAGCUUCCAACAAUAUUUGAGGUUGUGACGGGAACAGCCAAGAAACAAGUAAAGGAGAAGUCCUCAGUUUCAAAUCAUAGCAGCAAUAAAUCGAAAUCAAAUUCUAAGCGAGGAUCUGAGACUCAGGGCAAGUAUUCAAAGGCAAUGCAAACGAAGGAUGAGGAUGAUGAGGGCGUGGAAGAAGAGGAAGAAGAGGAGCAUGGGGAAACAUUAUGUGGUGCUUGCGGAGAAAAUUAUGCAUCUGAUGAGUUCUGGAUUUGCUGCGACAUUUGUGAGAAGUGGUUCCACGGGAAGUGUGUUAAGAUAACUCCAGCUAGAGCCGAGCACAUUAAGCAGUACAAAUGCCCAUCUUGCAGCAACAAGAGAGCUCGACCUUGAUGGAAGCUGGGGAGCAGAUCUGUGUAUUAUUGGCAUGAUGGAGCUGCUAACUGUGUAGUAGGUGAGGUUUGUUAUUGGUAAUGGUCCCUUAAUGUAGGAAAUCUUAUUCAAAUGUUAUGUGUAGGAUGCAAAUGUGGUGUCUAUUUCUUCAUAAAAAAUUAGGAUAUUUAUAAACUCAGAUUGGGAGAAGCGCUUGUUUUAUGUUUGGUGACUUUGUGUUCAUAUGCAAUCUGUCCAGUUCUUCCUGAUUGUAA